AUGCACCUUCCCCGUACUCACUCACACCGAGCCAGCCAUUCCCCAUCCUCUUGUGCUGCCAUCAACCCACCACGCUCUGCCAUCAACCCACCACGCUCUGCCAUCAACCUGCCACGCUCUGCCAUCAACCUGCCACGCUCUGCCAUCAAGCUGCCACGCUCUGCCAUCAAGCUGCCACGCUCUGCCAUCAACCUGCCACGCUCUGCCAUCAACCUGCCACGCUCUGCCAUCAACCUGCCACGCUCUGCCAUCAACCUGCCACGCUCUGCCAUCAACCUGCCACGCUCUGCCAUCAACCUGCCACGCUCUGCCAUCAACCUGCCACGCUCUGCCAUCAACCUGCCACGCUCUGCCAUCAACCUGCCACGCUCUGCCAUCAACCUGCCACGCUCUGCCAUCAACCUGCCACGCUCUGCCAUCAACCCACCACGCUCUGCCAUCAACCUGCCACGCUCUGCCAUCAACCUGCCACGCUCUGCCAAGUGUUACAUCUGCGACUCUUGGUAA